CCUGUUCUGUUAGCAACUCAGUGUUGUUAGAGAAAGGUAUACAGGCAGAAGCAUGCUUCACACUAAUCACAAGGGGGAACAGAGGAGGUUUCAUCGUGUGGCCACCAAUAUAAAGCAUGUGUGUGGGAUGCUGCUGAGUGUUAAAAGAUACAUAGGAAGAAACAGUGUUAUGGAAUGGGCGACGUUCCACCUUCAGAUGCAGAUCCACAGCAGAAGAGAUCUCCUCUUCAAUAUUAGCAGCUUCUCAAAAAACAAUAUGAGGAAAGAUUUUGAAAGACUAAAGCUCCUUUUAUCUGUUCGUCCUAAACAAAGAACGCAAGAAAUCCUCAGACAGAUUCAGUAUUGUCUAAAGAAGAACAGAGCAUUCCAGGGCCUCCCAGAGCAGACUCAGUUAAUGCUCUGCAAGCAUGUCAUCUACCAAGAGUACGAAUCAAAAACCUUAGUAAUUAAACAAGGUCAUAUACCGUGCGAAUGUUAUAUAAUCUUAUCUGGAAGUUUAGCAGCAGUCAUUGAAGACUCAAGUUCAAAGAAAAAAAGUACAUCUUCUAAUACAUUAUACGAAGUUGAAGAAGGAGAUUUUGUUGGGGAUAUUGGUCUUGUUACCAACGAGAGACUAAUUUCAUUUGUAUGCAAAUCAGAUGUGGAACUUCUAGUGAUUGACAAAGAGGCAUUCAAUGAGAUCCUAUCUGUGAAGGUCCAAGAAGAGCACUCAGGCUUAUGUGACUUCUUAAGGAGUCUUCCAUUGUUUGCCUCAUGGCCUUCAGAGAAAAUAGAUGUUCUUGUUCAUUGCUCUCUCCAGAGAAAUUACAGAGCUGGGACCACAGUUGUCGUGGAUAGCACCAAAUCUCCAUUCUUAGUUUUUGUGAAAUCUGGAAAAUGCCUGAUUGUGGUGCACAUUACCCAGCAGCGACCCUCUACUGCUUCUAGCAACGCUGGAAAAUAUUACUCCAUGUUGAACCGACUUCCUACCAUACCAUUUUUGCUGGAGAAGAGGGAGUCUUCUGCUCAUGCUUUUGAAAGAACUUUUUUACCACGACCAUCACAUUCAGCUUACUACAGAACUGCUUCUAGUCAGAUGCACACAAGAACUCGGCCCCAGACUGCAGGAUCUUCAACCUUCUCAUUAAGGGACAGGAGCAAUUGCUGUGAUUUAGAGUCUGCAGAUAAAAGACUGAAAGACAAAGGAAUACGCAGCCAGCAACAUGUAGCCACGUCCGUACCAGCUCGUUUCGUCACUGUUGGAACACUAGGACAUGGAGGCAUUUUUGGAAUGGCAGAAACAAAGAUCAAGUCCUCUAAUCUACGAUUCAGUCUGGUAAGCGAAGGAGCUGAAUGUAUUUUUAUUCCAACCAAGCUGUUUCUGGCUGAAGCACCUAUCAAGUCUAAGCAGGUUGCACAAGAGCUGGUGAACAGUUUCCCAACAGAGAUGAAGAUCAGAGAAAGCUAUACUACGCUCCAAACAUGGAGUGCCUACAAGGACAGACUCAUUGAGAAGCAACGAAUUGGAGGCAUGAGAUACCAGAAUCACAGGAAAUAAAUGUUAUGUCAUUUAUGGGCUAAAACAGGGGUAGCCAAUCCUGGUCCUCGAGAGCUACCAACAGUUCACGUUUUCCAGAGCACCUAGCUGGAGCACAGGUGUUUUCAUUACUCACUGGCACAUUUUAAAAGAUCCACAGGUGGAGCUAAUUACUUCAUUUGUGAUUCUUUCAGGACGCCUGGAAAACGUUAAUUGUUGGUAGCUCUCGAGGACCAGGGUUGGCUACCCCUGGGCUAAAAUUAUAUUAUUGCAACACAAUUAAACUUAUAUUUGAUUAGCUAGUCAUUGUCAAAAGACUGCAAAACCAACUUACAUUGCCAUAUAUGAAGCUCAAAUACAUUCAUCAGUCUCUCUACUGACUGUUCAAGAGUAAAGUGUGAAGGAGUCUGACUUCCUCUUUUUAACUACUUAUCUGAAAAUAUUUUAAACAUUUCGAAAUUAAUUUAUUUUAUUUUUUAAAUUAAAAUUAUGAUUAAGGAGUGUCUCGCACUACCCAAUGUCCUCAGGCCCCAUUGUACUAUUACCUCCCAUCCCCAAUGGCAACAGACCUCCUUCCCCCAUAGGCAAUUGUUCUCCAUUAGUAUUAUCCCCCCUAUGCCCCACUAGUGGCAAUACAUCCCCAGUCGUGUAACAACCCACCCCCAUUGUAAUGAUAUACCUGGUUCGCCCACCACAUCCACCUGCAGUGACAGGUGUCAUUUUUUCAUUAUUUUAAAAGCCCACUAUACCCCAAUGUAAUUUUUUUUAUGAAGCUUUACAUCCCCACCCACAGUGUCAAUAAAGUCCCCCCCCCCCCGCCAUUUUGUAUUAUCCCCAUCUGAAUGGGCAUUCCCCUUUCUCCUCCCCCAAAUGCAGAGCGUGGGUUAGGAGGGCCUGAUGAUCAGUCCCCACUGCUACAACUGAUCUCAGCACUUGCAGAAAUUGACCAAUUUCCCCUAAAUUCCCCUCCUCACGUUUUUUUGCAGUAACGGACUGCUACAUUGGUGCUGGGGAGACGAACGAGCAGGAGGAAAUUUGUUCUGCACUUGUGCAGCGGUUAAGUGGAUAAAACAAUAACAUCGUUUAGUAAUACUUAUACUUUUGAUAACCAAUAAGAUGAUGUUAAGGUAAAUAGGUGAUAAUAUAGGUGAAUGCCAUAUCAGUUAUCAUAUAUAAACCUUGCAGUGACAUUAUUAUAUGCCCUUGUUGUGAAUAAAACAUUUAAGGGGGAUAGAAAGCCACAUACACAUUGGUGGGCCUAUUUGGGAGGGCCCGUGCCCUGGACUUGAAGCUUAGUGUCAGGGACUCACCUGAUAAUGAGGUCACCUGGAUGCAGUGGAUGGGUCCAUAUAUUUGUGCUCGAAUAUUAUGCAGACCACCUCAUUUUUUGCUGUAUGUUAAAUUGCAGAGUUUACUAUUAUUAUUAUUAUUAGUGCUUGGUGCCUAGGGCGUGCGCCUGCAUUUUUUCUUCUUUCUGUGUUUAAUAUAAUAUGGUAAGCUCUUGUUUAUUAUACUAUAGUUCACUUAGUCGGGUAAUGUAUAUUAUAUUAAAAAUGGAUUAUUACUGCACUGUUUUUCAGGUAAUGAAAAUGUAUAGAAAACUUAUAAACUGAUGGAAACUCGUCCCAUUACUUUUGACCCCACAUGCAAUAAUGUAACAGAUCAGGCCCCUACCCAUUAAUCCGCAAGGCAGAUGACCAUUGCCAGUCUGAGUAUGAGGUCACCUAUAGACCGGACAAACAGGCAGUCAUGUGAUCCAGUCACUCUGAACACGGAACUUUUGAAUCUGUACAUGUAUGUCGUCAGGAAUGAAUCCUACCAUCCUUAGACUGAGCAUCAUAUACCUAUAAAUCGAAAUGGGUAUGAUAUACCGGCACAUGGGAUGCCGGCUGUCAGAAUACCGACAGCGGCAUCCCAUCUGCUGGUAUACCGACAGCGAGUGCCCUCACGGGCUCGCUGUUUUUGGCAUGCAUUGGGCUCGGUGGUGAGCUACUCUCGCCACAGGUUCUAUUCCCACUUGGUUGGUGAGGUGGACUCACCAGCCGAGUGGGAAUUAUGGGUGGGUGUCGGCAUACCAAUGGGUGUUAAUGUGUCAUCUCUUGGGAUUCCGGCGCCAGGCUUCUGAACGCCGGAAUCCCGACGGCCGGCAUUAUAACUGCAUCCCCUAUUAAUCUGCAGUAAAGUGAAAUUCCUGCAAACGUAAACAAAAAGAGCUGAACUGCAAUGUUGUAAUAUUUUGUGGCAUUGAAACUUUGAAAGGAAGUUAUUUGUUACCAAUGUAUUGUGCAGCUGAUUGCUCUUAAUAACAUCCCUUUAAAAAUAGCCUGCACAUCCGCUUCAGAUAUUUGGUGGUGAUGAAUGACCUGACAACUCUGAGACUUAAAAUAAAGCCGAGGUUGCCAGCAGAGCAAAGGAAGGUGAUAUGCAUCGACUUGUAAUAAAGAGCACAGGGUUUAAUAUCUGAAAGGCUCUCCCCCACGCCCAGAUAUGUAACAGCUCUGGGAAAGCUACCUUCAUGUACAAUUGUGCCUGCUGUGCAGCUAUCAUCUGACGGGUGAAUCACUGAAGACAUGUUCAUUUCAGAAGCACUUAUUUUGCCUAAUUAGUUAAAUAUUGUACUAUAAAGGCAUAAAAUUCAUUUCCCA